AAACCCUGCUUUCUAUUACCCAUUCGGCCUGUCGUCAAAAUCUUUCCAGGGUAAUGAUAUUUGAAUCCACUUCAGCUCCCCAUUUCGACUGUAACAAAUCGACAGCGAACUGCCCAUCACCUCCUCCCUCCUGAAAUGGAAGAAUCAUUGACACCCUUUCUGCAAUAUACAGAAAAGGACCGUCGGUCUGACGCGCCUGCCUUUUCACUCGCUCUUCAAGGUCCGGGAAGACUGUCACGCACAUCCCCAUACCUGUUUCAUGUGACCCUACAGCGGGUUGAUGAGGUUAGCGAUCACUGUGUCUUUGCAUGGUACCCGCAGACCCAUGGCUUUGCUACCUCAAACGGGUUCAUUCUUCUUCAAUGUACCGCGCAGGGCGAGCUGCACCAAGUCAAACUCCCGGAGUAUACUAUACUCCCCCAACUAGAACAUGGGCACUUCUCCCCUUACAAUAUCCAUAAGCCCGGCAAUGUGCAGCAAUAUUACGAUGUUAUCCCCGACCGUCUUAUCCCAUACCUACAGACAGGCGAGCGAUAUGUACUCCUCUGGCCCGGUCAACAAUAUGGCUCAUGGAAUUGGACCGAUAAAGUAGAAAACUCUAAAGUUGUCUUGCCAGGCGGGCCCUUCCUAUCCUUCACAGUCGAGGACAAUGAGAACAUGCCGAUCAUGCCGACAUUGAUCUCCGGCUCCCUAUGUACCCAUAUGAUUGGAGCGCAAGAAUGCCGUCCUACUCUGAUUGCAAAAGUCGAAUGUUGCCCCCAGGACCAGGUGGCUUUACAGGAUGACCUCGUGCUUGCGACCCUUCAUGUGACGUACGUGCCAACAAGUGGUAGCGGUGGUAGGCCGUUUACUUUCAACACGGCAGGGUUGACCGUCGAGCUCUGGGUUUGGCGGGAUCGGUGGGUCAAUGUGGAAGGGUUCGUCUGCGGUGGAGGAUGGGCAUUCGUUGAUGACCCUGACAUGCAGGUCUCGCCAGGCCGUGAUAAUGGCUUUGCCAGUCUGCGUCCAGGAGAAACGUGA